AGCCCAAGAGGAGCGAAACAUGGCGACCUCGAAUAAUCCGCGAAAAUUCAGCGAAAAGAUCGCGUUACACAACCAGAAGCAAGCGGAAGAGACAGCUGCUUUCGAGGAGGUGAUGAAAGACCUGAGUAUCACUCGGGCGGCCCGUUUACAGUUACAGAAGACCCAGUAUUUACAGCUCGGUCAGAACCGAGGACAGUACUACGGCGGCUCUUUGCCAAAUGUCAAUCAGAUUGGAAACACUACAGUUGACCUGCCCUUUCAGACUCCUUUUCAGAACUCUGGACUGGACACAAGUAGAACGACUCGUCACCAUGGACUCGUGGACAGGGUUUAUCGGGACAGGAAUCGCAUCACGUCGCCACACCGCAGACCCCUCUCUGUGGACAAACAUGGCCGUCAAAUUGAUAGCUGUCCAUAUGCCUCUGUGUAUCUGUCACCCCCACCUGAUACCAGCUGGAGGAGGACCAACUCAGACUCUGCCUUGCAUCAGAGCACUUUGAACCCAAACCCACAAGAUGCAUUUGCAGGAGGUUCUCAAGAUUUGCAGCCAAAACAAAUUCUUCUUCUCACUAUGCCAGGAACAGGGGACCCCGAUAGUGACAUGGACAAAGAAAGUCAGAAGCAGAUAUGGGAUCAAAAAAAGAAUACUUCACAAAGGCUCAAGACAAACAAAAUACCUGGAAUCAAUAUAUUUCCAUCUCCAGAUCAGGAAAUUACCGCAUCUUUAAUCCCAGUGGCACACAACACUGGCGGCUCUCUGCCAGACCUGACCAACAUCCAGAUUCCUCCUCCUCUCCCCACACCUCUGGACCCUGAGGACUCCUCGUCCUCUCUCAGUGCCUCCAACAGCACUGGCAACCUCGCCAACCCUCACAUGGGCCUUACGUCUGCCGGUCAAGGUGUAACAUCAGGCCAGCCCGUAGCUGCAGUUCAGCGCCGGCAUGAGAAUGUAGUUCCUCUGAUCCUCAACACAGACUCUCAGCAGCUUCCAGGUCUUCAGCAGCUGUCGCCCACCCUCUCACCUCCACUCUCUCUAGCACAGGCAGUGACGAUAGACGCCAUGACCCUGGAGCAGCAGUUGGCUCAGUAUGCUUUCUUUAGCCAGCCGUCCACUCAGACACAGGGGGUCGGUGGGCUUCCUCAGCUGCCAGCCGUCUCUGCCAGCCAGACGCAAACCUCUGUCGGCAUUGAUAUCAACACGGCUGCUUCCCUCCAGCAGUACCGCUGUAGGGUGGGGUCUUCGGCCAAUCAGUCUCCAACCUCUCCGGUCUCCAAUCAAGGCUUCUCUCCAGGGGGCUCGCCUCAACACUCGUCCAUUCUCGGAAGUGUCUUUGGUGAUGCCUUUUACGACCAGCAGCUCUCUCCUCGGCAGACCAGCGCUUUGUCCCAGCAGCUGGAGCAGUUCAACAUGAUGGAGAACCCCAUCAGCUCCAGCAGUCUGUUCAGCGAGGGAUCCACUCUCAACUAUUCUCAGGCUGCGAUGCUCAACCUGACUGGCAGCCACGGCAACCUGCAGGACGCGCAGCAGCUGGGCUACAGCAGCCAUGGAAACAUCCCCAACAUCAUCCUCACAGGUGACGUGAGCUUUGACGCAGACUCGCAGUUCCCGCUGGAUGAGCUGAAAAUUGACCCGCUGACGCUGGACGGCCUGCACAUGCUCAACGAUCCAGACAUGGUACUGACUGACCCGGCGACGGAAGAUGCUUUCCGGAUGGACAGGCUGUAAUCUUUAGGUAUAGAGUGUUCAGUUGUCAUCAUGUGAGAUCCGUUUGAUUAAAAAGGGAGUGCAGCAGCACCUCUGGGGGACACUUGACCAUGUUUCUCAAACCCCAGAUUGCUGAAAAUGUUGCCACAGCAUGAUUUGAGGAGAAAAGAAAAAAUUAUAUGAGGAAUCAGUGCUGCAAUGUCUAAAGAAUCAAGCUUCUGAACAAGCAGCCCAUCGUUUCUUAGGAUAGGACACUCACACCUCAGUAAUUCCGGUUCUUUAGUCUCUAUAUGAGAGAAUGUGACACUACAUAAGAUCCCUAAACGUUCAAUCAUGCGUUCUUCCAUUUCAUUGCCUGUAGAUGCAUCUCCAUCGUACAUGCCUGUUACUUUCUUUUUUUUAUUUAAUAUAUACCUAUAUUUAUUUAUGCACUUUUAUACAUGCAUAAACCACCAAAAACAUUGUCUGUUCCUAUACAAAUGUUUGUUGGUUGUGAGAGCAGGAGUUGUUAAAAAGGAGUGUUAAUCUUCCCCCAUUUUAAGGGCAGUCCUCAUGCAACACUAAUGUACUUCAGUGCAGUCUGAACAUAUGAUUGUAUUGUUUUCUAGAUGUCUACUGUUGUUACGUCAUGAUAAGAUAGUGGUACAGCUUAUGAAAAAAAAAUGUUCGAAAUGAAAUCGUAAUAUCAAAAAGUGCAUUUACACUUUUAAAUGGAUGGUUCACCCAAAAGUGAAAGUUCUGUCAUCGUUUACUGAUCACGUGUGACUUCUAAACCUGUUUAGCUUCCUUCUGCUGAAUUCAAAAGCAGAUUCUUGCCACUUUUUUCUAGUAGAACUCAAAAGAAGAUAUUUUGAGAAUCCAAAAUCAAACAAAAAGUGCUCGGGGGUAGCUUAAAUAGUGUGUCGGUGCUCUUUAGGCAAGAGAUUCAUCAGAAUAAACAGCAAAAAUCAGUCUAAGGCACCCAAAAGAAGUUUCCUUCCCCACUGUGAAAGUCAAUAGUGUCCAAUAUAAAAUAUUUGGACUCUCUUGACUUUCAUAGUCAAGGGAAAAAUGAAUGAAAGAGAACUCUGACACAUGAGUGACUACAAACAAGGUCACAUUUAUUAGUGUGCCUUUUCUUUUAUUUCUGAAAGCUCUAAAAGGGAUGUCAUUGGCAACAAAUUCAACCUUUAAAUGACAAAAGAAACUGCUUUAAUUCAAAUGUUUCAAUGUCAAAUGACCAGAUCAGUUUACAUACUCCCUGCUUGCACAUCAAAAAUAUAUGAGAGGUGGACAGUUGUUAAUGGUCACAAUUGUUACUAAUCAAUUAAUUAGAUAUUCAUUAAUAGUUAUUGAUCAGUUUAUCAUAUUGUUAAUCAAUUUAUUAAUCAAUAAAUUCAUUGAAAGUGAAAGUGAUAUGGACAAGUUUGGUGACCCAUACUUCAAUCUGUACUCUGCAUUUAACCCAUCCAGGUGCACAGACAAAGGUCACCCAAAGGUCACUAUUGUGAAUAGCUAUUAAACCUAAACCAACAUAAUAUCAAAGGUUGUGUGUUAGGGAGGUCUAAGAAUAAAAAAUGUAUUCUCAAAUUGCAAGAAAAAAAAGGAAUAAGGGGCAGCACGGUGGCUCUGUGGUUAGCACUGUCAUCUCACAGCAAGAAAGUCACUGGUUCGAGUCCUGGCUGGGCCAGUUGGCAUUUCUGCGUGGAGUUUGCAUGUUCUCCCCGUGUUCACGGUUUCCUCCUGUCGCUCCGGUUUGCCCCACAGUCCAAAGACAUGCGCUAUAGGUGAAUUGGGUGAGCUAAAUUGGCUGUAGUGUAUGAGUGUGUGUAAAUGCGAAAGUGUAUGAGUGUUUCACAGUAAAGGGUUGCGGCUGGAAGGGCAUCCACUGUGUAAAACAUAUGCUGGAAUAGUUGGUGGUUCAUUCCGCUGUGGCGACCCCUGAUAAAUAAGGGACUUAGCCAAAGGAAAAUGAAUGAAUAAAUUUCGAUUAAAAAGGUAAACUGCAGCAACUUGUAGGCUAUUGGAGUGGAUUUGCCCACAUUUGGGUCCUCGCCCAUUGAUUUAGGACAUGCUCAUUACAAUUACAAGGUCUUUAAAGAGACUAUAUUUAUUUUUCCAUUACUACUUCCCUGUGGCCUGCCUUCUCACCUGGUAGCCAUUUCUCAGGCUCCGUCUCCAGAACACUUAUUCUCCAUUACCAGUGAUCGCUAUGGGCCUGAAGUAACAAUGAAAGUUGAUAGGCCAGUUAAUCGAAUUAGUCAACAAUACAACGGAGGCCUCUUCGAAUAGUCAUCUAAACAGCUGGGAACAGGAUGGUGGAACUGUCCUGCACCCCAGAUAAGCUUUAUAUCUGAUAAAUGCACAGAUUCCAGCCACAAGUUGGAAUUUCCAUGUAUACCAGUUGUGAAAUUGCCACAUUUAUCCAGUUAAUAUUUGGAACCAUGCAAAGUUUCACCUAAUCUAUGAGACAAGCAUAUGUUACUGGUUGAACCAGGCAGUGAAGUCACACAGCUUUGGAGUGCCAUAAAUAUAUGUAAACGAUGACAGAAUUUUCAAGUCUAGUGGUGGAUGAGGAGAUCCCCCCCCCAAAAAAUGUGUAAAGCACUUUGAGUGUCCAGAAAAGCGCUAAAUAAAUGUAAGGAAUUAUUAUUAAGUCCAAUUUGCUAUUGAUUUAAUAUUGAAUAUCUGCUCAAAUCAAGUCCUGAGGGCAUUACAUGUAUUUUCCUAGACCAAGGUGCACAAUUUAAGCACACCAGAGUUAUUAAAAUCAGUCUAAUGUGUGGUAUGAUUAUUUUUAUAAACAUAAAUGUGUGCUUAGAGCAUACCCUACCCACAAAUAACAAAUCACUACAGAAAAAACAACCCGUUUUGUAAAAACUGCUUGAAUAAUAAAAACAGACUUGAAUUGUAAUCUUUUGACACACAUUCACACUAAAAAAUGAUCAGCCAUGGAUCUGAGACUCAAAUACUAAAAAAAUCGAAUGAACGUCAUUCUUAUCAGUUACAUACUAUAUAUUUAUUUAGAUGCAAAAGUUGUACAUAUAAUAAACAAAUGUGUCUUUUUAAUAUAUAUAGUUUAUUUUAUUUUAUAUAUAUAAUAUAGUUUUACUUUCACCUGAUUUCCAUUGUGUUGCUUCCAUACUAGAAAGAUGAAAAUCACCCAUGAAUAGUGAGGGUUCUCUAAUCUAAUGCAUUCUUAAGUUGAAUAAUAUCAACAUUACAGUAUAUAAUAUAGAAUGCCUACAUUCACCACUCUUAGUCUUUAUAGCAAGAGGUGCCAAUGAUCAUCUAAGAAUGCCUGACUGGUCAAUAAAAGCGCUAGAAUUAAUCUUUUUUUGGGGUGGUGGGGGGGAUAGGGGUGAACUCUCCUUUUAAAAUGUACAGCAUAUGCAGCUAAAAUAUAAAAGACACAUUUUUAUGCAUUAGAAAGCAUCAUGCCAGUAAAAUGCUGGUGUUUUGUUCCAUUCAAUGUACAGUAUGGCGUAAAAUCACAACCAUGGUGUAACCAUAAUGAUGCUGCAUACUUUAGCAUUACUUCUAAGUUCGUCUUGGAAAGAAACAUGAAGCGCGUGUGUGUGUGUGUGAUCAUGAUGAUCAUCUGCAUUUAUGUAUCAGAACUAGUCACUGUGAUAACCAGAUUCUGCCUUACACUGAAGAUGCCGUUUUGUUUAGUUUUUUGUCCGAUGUGUUCACCGUAGCUAAAGGUGUAUUCUGGUACUGUACGAGUUGCUUUAACAGUUCUCAUCCACCGUGAUAUAUCACAUGCCCAAAAGGGGAGGUUUACUACUCUUUUUAAAGUCCUGUCACAUUCAUCCUUUUCUCAUUUUUCUCAGACUUUUAUACUCAAACCACUUUUGUAAGUGUGAGAAUUUUGUUUACAAAAGCGAAAGCAUUAAUACGAUCUCAAUGUUUAAAUUAUUGAAAUGCUGAGUAUAUCUCUCUCUAUAUAAAUAUAUAUAUAUAAAACUAUUUUAAGAAAGUUUGUUAUCCGUGUAAAAUUUCUCUAUGUAUCGGAUUUGGAUUCAUAUCUAUGCAAAGCAUAAUCAAACAUACUAGUUGACGAAAAUACUAAAGAAAGACUCGGCUUUUACAGCAUCUGUGGGUUCUGAGUCCGUGCAGCUGAAUUUUACUUAUUUCAUAGAUUUCUUUGUCUUUUGUUAAACAAAAAAAGAGAAGCAGUUACUGCAUGGAAAAACUUGAUUCUUUUUUUGGAAGGGAUCUGAUUGCACCGUGUAAAUUUCCUGUAUAAAAAAGCAUGACCUACAUGUGCUUUGUCUCCGACAAGUGUUUUCAUGAGGAUCGUGCUUUGCGUGUUCAAAAUGUAACAUAAUUGACGGGAAGGAUGUGUCAGGUAAUCAGUUACUGUUAUAUUCCUUUACUUGACUGCCUCAUCGAAAAGAAACCAGAAUGUAUUUCAUCACUUUUUUAUGUAGGACCAAACAUAUUACCGAAUCUAGCAUUAUUUUUGUUACUGUGACGUACUUUUCCACGUGUUUAAUAGUUGUUGUGGCCCCUCCGUUUCAUUUGCAAGAGGCUGCAUUGUACAGAAUCUCUGUGAGCGUUUCGUUCUUUUCCGUUGUUUUAUUUUUUUUGCAUGUCUGACCAUCACAAGUAUUGGUGAUUGAUAAGCUGUGCACUUUUUAUCUCCUUGAUGUUUUGUUUUACAACUCCGUCUAUGUGAACAUCCUACUUCCUACAUUUACUUGGCACUUUAAUCCGUAUUUUUUCCCCUCGUUUGAUUUUCCCACACACCCCUCUGAGUGACUGUUAAGUGCACUGGGUCUAUUUCCCCCCUCUGUUUGGCCGACUUUGCCUUCUACUCUAAGACAAGUAUUUUUGAAAAGAAAAAAAGGUGUUGUGUAUUUAUGAUUUUAUACGUGGUCAACGGAGAAAAAAAAAGACAAAAAAAAACAACUUUUUUAUGUAGUGUUAGGAAAGUAUGAGAGUUCCCCGAUAUUAAUGAAGGCAGGUUACAUUUCUGCGUCUUUAAUUACCUGUUUACCUUUUAUAAAGCUUCAUAUCCAUGUGUCAUUACCCAUAAAGAGAGCAUGCAGAAAAUAAAAAGGUCCUUAUUCAGUAUCUAAUGUAUGCACAGCCUUCAUGUACAUAAAUGCUACACUUAUACAUUUCUAUAUUUUAAAAAGCAUAAAAGAGCAGAGCGUUAAACAUCAGGAGUAUGUAAAAAAAUAUAAAUAUAUAUAUAAAAUAAAUGAACAAUAUGGAACUGUAUGUUUUUACCUUUUAAAAGCUUGAAGCGGACGCUAUACUGUCCCUCCGUUCAGGGGUUUGACACUUUAAAUACACAGAUCUGUGUUCAUUAUCAAGUGUGCUCACACUUCUAGCCAAAUCAUAAACAAAUCCCUGCUGCAAAUGUAAAUGCAGUUUUGCUUUUCAGCCUUGAUACACUGAACCUUGUUGAAGCUUCGUAAUCUAAUCUCCUCUUCUGUCUUUGUUUUGUAGUAUUUGCGGUAUGAGCUUCUCGUUUCUGGCCGAUAUUCUUUCAUUUGUUUGUGUUUUGUAUGUGUGUGUGUGUGGAUUAGGAAUUUGCUGUUUUAAGUACUGUAAAAGUUGUCUUCACAUGCUCAAGGUCUGUUUGCUGCAGUGUGUUGUAGAUCUGUGAUUUCUUCGCAGUGGUUGCUUUUAUUCACUCGGUUUCUAGAUUUCCGAAUAUCUGACUUGUAGGCCAGUUUAUUUUCAAUUCGAAUUGUGUUCACAAGUGUCCUGAUAAUUCAGAAAAAGGUUUGUUUAGCAGAUUACUGUGGUGAAACAGUGGUUAGCGUAAUUGUCUCACGACAAGAAGGUCGCUGGUUGGAGACGCCACAGUGGUGAAUUGAAGAUAUUAAGUUGACCAUAGUGUGUGAAUGAGAGUGUGUGAGUGUUUCCCAGCACUCUCAGUAAUCUAAUGUAUUAUUGUGGCUGGAUCCGCCGUGUAAAACAUAUGCCAGAGUAAUUGGCGGUCCAUUCUAGGCAUGGGACGAUAGCCGUUAUCAAGGGAUAGGUUUAGAAAAGUCAAGGUUUUAGAACAGCCAAAAUAUUUUUAUAC